UUAGCACGAAUAUUAAGUUAUUAGCAAUAAUAUGUAUUAAUAAUGCAUCUCACCCACCUAAUCCACCACAACAAACACAUAUUCAUUAAUGUGUGAAGAAGCACCAUUUGAACAGGCAUCCUCCUGCGCUGUCGGAGUUUUAAACCAGUCGUUGGUUUCGACUAUAGGGGCGCAAUUGAGUUUCUGCCAAGUCAGUCGGGUCUCGAGUCGACAUUGUAGCAAACUUUCUCGGUCCGUCAGAAGACAUGUCGAAUAACAGCGCAAGCGGUUUGGUGAGCCUGCAGAAAAGCGUUAAGCAGCUGCGAAAUGAAGCAGGAAUCCGCAGAAUUAAGGUUUCUCAAGCUGCGGCAGAUCUGAAGACAUUCUGCUUGCAAAAUGCCCAUAAGGACCCUCUCCUCAUGGGGGUGCCAUCAAGCGACAACCCUUUUCGACCACCCAAAUCAUGUGCGCUCUUCUGAGGAGUCAUGAAGAAUUUGGAGAAACUUCUGAACAUUCCUCAUUUCACUACACAACCCUCAGAUCCCCUUUACAUUACAGCAGAGCUGGAUCAUCACUACUAUUACACUAAAUUGUUUAAUUUGUAAGCUGCAUUGUGACUUGAAGUCUUUCACGUUCAGUGAUGUGAGUUAUGAAGAAAACCUCUGAAAAGUGAUUUAAGUGUUUAAUUUGUAUACUGUUAAAUAAGGACACGGUAGUGCAAAAAUGUUACACUAGUAGGAGGAAAUUAAAGUGUUCAGUUGCUCAAACAGUCCACUGGAAAAGUGAUGGCAAAUAUGCAAAAAAUAUAUAUAAUUUGUACUGUGUAGCUAAGUAUGAAUACCAGCCUACACAGAAAGAUUGCAAAAUGCUUUUUUGUUGUAAUGUUUUCAGUUUAGGAUGAAACACUGAAUUUCUUUGUUUAUUAAUAUAGUUAGGCUUAUAUACAUGGACUGUUGUUGCCAUGAAACUCAUGUAUUUAAGGUAUUUAAUUGUAUUAACCACAUAGCUCUAUUGAAGGAGAGAGAUGUCUUGAAUCUCAGUUUCUUU